GAACCUCAAAAGAAAGCCCAGUUUUCAGAUACUCAUCAAAUGAUAAUUGAGAGAGACCGACGCGCCCAUCGAAGCCAACAUGUCCAACUCGUUUUUCGAGAGGGCCAACCCACCUCCUCGGCGGAAGACGUGUAUAGCUUGCAUCAAAGCCAAGCGCAGAUGCGACCACGGCCAGCCCGCAUGUUUGCGGUGCUCGAGGCGGAAUAUCGCCUGCGACUACUCCGCUCCGCCGGCAACCAACAGGUCGGAGGGGAAUGCUGGUGAUCUCGUCCCGCGAACCCCAAAGUCUCGGCGGCAACAGCAUCUAAGCAGCCCGACCCAAGUUUCCGCUCCCCUCCUCGGUGACGGCGCUGGCUUGGGCGCCUCUCUCAUUCCAUGGUCCCAGAAUCCUGAUCUUUUACCUUUGGACAUGGGGAACCUGGAAGACGUCAAUUUCGAUCUCGCCUUUGACGAACUCAUAACCUCUGACGCCUUCUUUGAAGGGCCCUUGAUCGCUCCUUCCCUCACGCCCAAGCCAGACGAGAUGCUCGUCCCAUCUUAUGACGCUCCGUCAGGCUCACUUGAAGCUUUAGUAGCCAGUCGUCUCCAAUAUUCCCUCGAUGAAAUUAAGAAGGUUCCGACCAUAGUGGUGAUGGAGAACCAGGCCCCAUGGAGCCAUCCCUACCUGUAUCGCGCUCACAUGCCCAUAGACAUGCAAGAUGCCCAAGCCUGCUGCGCUCUCUACAUAGCCAAGAACUCAAUCAACGCCUCAUUCAUACUACGCACCAUCCAAGCCAGAGCCCACGAGCUCCUCGCCUCCCCAAAGCCCAAGAGUCGUCUCGACAUCCUAGCCCGUCUCCACGCCAUCCUCCUGUAUCAAAUCAUCCGCCUCUUCGACGGCGACAUCUCCAUGAGAGCAUCCGCUCAACAUACCCUCUCCUCUCUAGAACAAACUAUCCUCGCCCUGCUGCCAUUCGUGAAAUGGGAACAAGCACAGCCUACAACAGGCCCAGCCCAAGACUACUCCACCUGCCCGACCAAGGACUUUUGGCAGGAAUGGAUAUUUCAAGAGUCAGCCCGCCGGACUAUAUUCUUCACUUGUUUCUUCCUUGUCGCGUACAGUGUCCUCGUCGACACGCUCACAAACGGCUGUGAACAACGAUACAUGUUUUGCCAGUCGUGGACCAUGUCUGCUCAUCUUUGGAAGGCGCCUACAGUAGUGGAGUUCGCCGUUGCUUGGAAGGAAAAACAGCACCUUGUUAUUACGGAGCAGUGCUUUGAGGAGGCUCUUAGGGAUGCUGCUGCUGAUGACAUUGACGCGUUUGGGAGGAUACUCAUGGUCGGCGCGAUGGGUAUUGAGGAUGCUAGACUGUGGUUUUACAACAGAGGUGGUUCUUUGUGAGGACUAAGAUGAGGCACCAGCAAACAACAGACAUUGGCCUCAUUAAUUCUACAGAUUCCACAGGUGUCACAUGUUUCACUUGUCAUAGUAUCACGAAAUAGAAGCAAGACUUGAUUGAUAACG